AUGAGCCAUUAUUAUUCUUCAACAAUCAUUAUUGUUUUUGUCACUAGUUUGACAUUUGUUUUAUCAUUAUCAUCAUCAUCAAUAAAAGAUAAAAUCGUAUCGAAAAAGAAUGGUACUUCAUUGAAUCUUCACAAUCGAAUAUCAUCACAAGGUGGUAAACUACGAAAUAUUUCAACAGCUAUUCAUGAUCGUUUUAAACCUUCACAUGAAUGGAAUGAAAAUAAUAAUAAUAAUAAUGACAAAAUAGAAAAAUCUGAUGAUGAAUAUUCUUCAACAAAUGAACAAAUAGCAAAUGUUGUCGUAUUAACAUCUCUUUCAGGUAUUUAUGUUUGGUGGCCAACUUUAUUUGGUGGUGAUGAUUCAUUUCAUCUUCUACUUUCUCAAGAAGAUGUACCACGUUUUCAUGAUGUAACUGGUGAUGAAUAUGGUCAUAUCUAUUUAACAGCACCACAUGAACGUACUGUAUAUCGUUUACAAUAUUCAGAUGGUUGGUGGAUAUCAAAUUUUUCCAAUCAUUCCUUAAUGAAUUCAAUUCGUAGUGAAAUGCCAUUAUUUCUUAAUAUUCAUCGUGUAUCAUCAAUACUUUAUGUUUAUGGUCAUUCAGAUAUACAAGUAAUUGAUUUACUUGAACGACCACGUACACGUGGUUCAGCACCAUUUAUGAAACGUUUACGUGAAUUAAGUCCAAAUUUACGUAUAAGUGAUUUAAUUAUUGAUCAAUUAACAUCUGAUGGUUAUAUUAUAGGUGAUUCAUAUGGUUGGUGUAUAGUUAUACGUUGUUCAUUAAGUGUUAAUGAUUGUAUAUUUUUAUUUAAAAUUCCAUCAUCAUAUGAUAGUCGUCCAUAUCCAUGUUCAGCAACAAUUGAUUUCUCAAAUAAAAUGAUGUAUUUAAGUUUAGAAGAAAAAAUUCUUGCUGUACAUCUUAAUGAACAAACAAAUUUUGAUCGACGUUUUGUUUUAACUGAAAAAAGUGGACCACGUUCAACAUUAGGUUAUGAUGAUAUUGUUAUAUAUAAUAAUACAAUUUUAUAUACUGAUGUUCUUCGACCUAUUUUACAUAUAUGUCCAUUAAAAAAUUCAGAUCGAUGUUUAAAUUUAUCACUUAUAUUUCCAUCACCACAACGAACAAUAUUACCACUUCGUUUAAGUAUUGUUAAUGUACGAAAUUUACGUCCACCUAUAUUUGAUGAUGAAGAUGAAAUUGAAUUGCAUAUAAAUCAAUCAGAUACUCAUUCAUCACCAUUAUCUCUUCGAACUCAAAAUACAACAACUACUUAUCAAUAUCAAAUUGUUGAUAUAACAACAAUUCAAUCUCAUGAAAUUCGACAAACAAGUUUAAAUAGUAUUUGGAUGCUUAUACUUGGUAUUUUUAUUGGUUUACUUCUUGGUGGUUUAUCAUUUAUGAUUUAUUAUAUUAUUUGGAAUAAAAAUCGACCAAAACUAAAAAAACCAAUAUCAUCAACAAAUGUACCUUCAUCUUCAACAAAAAUAUCUAUACCAGAACGAAAACAAUCUCUUCUCGAUGAACGAAAACGUAGAAGUGAAUCUGGAAGUAAAUCAUCAUCGGAUUCAGCAAAAAAUCGUUUAUUAGAAACAACAACAAAUUCAAGUACUAGUGGUUCAAGUGAAUGGACAACAAUUACAACUAGUUCAUUAAGUUAUCAGCCAGAUAUUGUUCUUUAG